ACGGACAACAUGAGCAACACCGGCAUGAACAUGAGGGGCAAGAUCACCUUCUACGAGGAGAAGAACUUCCAGGGCCGCUCCUACGAGUGCAUGAACGACUGCGCCGACAUGACCUCCUACAUGAGCAGGUGCCACUCCUGCAGGGUGGAGAGCGGCUGCUUCAUGGUCUACGACCAGCCCAACUACAUGGGGAACCAGUACUUCAUGAGGAGGGGCGAGUACGCCGACUACAUGAGCAUGAUGGGCAUGAGGGACUGCAUCAGGUCUUGCCGUAUGAUCCCCAUGCACAGGGGCCAGUUCAGGAUGAAGAUCUACGAGAGGGAGAACUUCGGCGGCCAGUCGCAUGAGCUGAUGGACGACUGCGACAACGUCAUGGACCGCUACCGCGUGUCCGACUGCCAGUCCUGCAGCGUGAUGGACGGCCACUGGCUGAUGUACGAGCAGGCCCAGUACCGAGGAAAGAUGAUGUACAUGAGGCCCGGAGAGUACAGGAGCUUCAGGGACAUGGGCAUGAGCGGCACCAGGUUCAUGAGCAUGAGGCGCAUCACAGACUCUUGCAACUAA